ACACAUGCCAAUAAUCAUAAUGAUACCCAGCUAGAAAGGGAGGUCUGCUCAUUAAAGCGGUGGGAUUUGAUGACUUUUCAGUCUCACGUAACUGCAGUUUAUGAGAAAGCUCACAUCAGUUGUUGGACUGGGAAGAGAACGGCUUAUUUGGCAGAGGCAUGCAGUACCAGCACCCUUCCUCUUCGGCUAUGAGCAUGAACGUUCCUCUCUACGCACCGACUCCGGUGCAGCCAGUGCACCCGACUCCUUUUUACAUUGACGACAUUCUUGGUAGGAGUGCGAGCUCAUCUUCUGCUCCGGUGGUUCCGACGCCUACGCUGCCUUCUCCCAAUUCAUCUUUUACUAGUUUGGUGUCCCCAUACAGGACUCCGAUCUACGAGCCUACCCCGAUACACCCGGCUUUUUCUCACCCUGCAGCGCUGACUGCACCCUAUAGCAACAGCGCUUUCACCAGCUCCCUUUACCCGUUCCCACGGAGCAUGGGGGACUAUGCCCACGCGCUAAUCAGGCACGACUCUUUGGGGAAACCGCUUCUCUGGACACCUUUCAUUCAGAGGCCACUUCAUAAGAGAAAAGGAGGACAAGUCCGGUUUUCAAAUGAUCAGACGAUUGAGCUGGAAAAGAAAUUUGAGACACAAAAAUACCUGUCACCGCCUGAACGAAAAAGACUGGCAAAAAUGUUACAGUUGAGCGAGAGACAGGUAAAGACUUGGUUCCAGAAUCGUAGAGCAAAGUGGCGCCGUCUCAAGCAGGAAACCACACAGGGGGGCAAACGAGAUGAAAUCGACAGUUCCGAGAGUCGCUGCGAUCAGAGAAAAGAUGCUAGCUUAAAUCACGAGCAGAAAAACAAAGAAAUCGUCCUAAGCAGAUCCCACUGCUCCUCGUCGCCUGUGUCUCAGGAAGAAAUGGAAUCCGAAAUCUCCGACGAUUCAGAUCAAGAAGUGGAUAUUGAGGACGACAGGAACUUUUCCUUUAAUGUUUAGCAAUGACAGAAUUUCGUGUUAAAGAUAUAUACUUGGAAUUUGCACUUUCAUGGACUUAGCAAAGCUUCCUUGUUCCCUCUGACGGGGAAUGGGCAGUAUACGAAGUGCGAAGCUGUAUAUAUUGAUGUUACAUAUUGAUUUAAUUUAUACUUCGUGCUGCAGAUGAGAGUUGAGCGCGACUUAUUUAAAACCUGUGUGUCCCGCAGUUUCACCGUCGCACGGCUGUUGUGAAUCCGUUUUUCUUCUCAAAGCUUUGUGUCCGAUGUAUAUUUGUUUUAUUUUUCGUCCGUUUAUCGCAUGUGAUGUUGCAAUAUUUAAUUGUCAGCACUCGUUCUCUGAUGUACAUUUUUCUCAAUAACAGGUCAAAACUACUGUAUAAAUACGGCUUUUGUCAUAUUAUAAUGAGUGAAUAAACUGAGUGAUGUUUUA